AUGUUGAGAACCAGUGUGGUGAAUACCAGCCGGAGAAGGCUAUUUGGUAAGAUCACUGAGAGAAUACGAUGCGGGAGAUUCAAUUUGUUACUCGAGCUGCUCGUCACAUCACGGAGAUCAUCAUCUUCACUAUCUUACUUUAAUUGGAUUUUCCAUCCUGUUAAACUGUUUCUCAAGCAUGGCCAAAAUGAUAUCAAAGAACCAAAGACCGACACAAUGAGUGUAAUUGAAAAGCAAAAAUUAGAUGAGCUUAUUGAGCAGUGUGAUUAUACCAGAAUCAUCCAAUUAAGAGACACGAUGAGUCCACAAGGAUUGAGCUAUGUUAUAAGGCGACUUACUGCGCCGCUACCCCAUGAUUUAACCGCAGCUGGAAGUCUACCGUAUGAUUUUUACAAAGAUUUAGAGCCAAAGCCUCCACACUGGGAUUCGGUAACGUUGAUAUUUCCUGUCUUGGAACAGCUUGUACAUAACUCAACAGCAACAUCAGAUGAAUUGCAUAUACAAAAGGUUUACAUCUACUACCAUACGAACCAAUUGGAUAAAAUUAUAAAAGCAUUUACAUCAAUAGCUCAUCCCGAUGAAAACACCAUUGCAUAUUUUCUCCAUUCAUUCAUUGUAAAUUACGAAUUGGAAGCAUUUAAAGUUUAUUUCUCCAAACAAGUUAUAAAUAGUGACACCAAAUUAUCACCUCAGCUUUUUGAAUUUUUAGUUGAUCAGUUGAUACCAAGGUAUUUUUUGUUUGAAAACUUGUUUUAUUGUUACCAAGUAUGGGUAAACUCCCCAAAAUGCGAGGAUCCAACUCCCAAACUGGUUAGCUUAAUUCUUGGUCAAUUUUACAAGUUUGGAACAGCGCCUGAAAUCAAAGAGUUUAAACGAAUGAUUAAUAAAAAGUAUGGUUCGCAUUACUUGGUACAAAGUGUUGUUUUGCAAAAUGAAAUCAUCAAUAGGGAAUACUUGUCGUUUAAAAAGGCAUUGAGUGAUGGGGACUUUGAAUUGAUUGAAUCACUUGUUCCGGAGAAAGAAGUUGAGGAGUUCUGUUGCUCGUGGCUUGCCUUUAUGAUUAGAUACUCCAAUAUGGAAGGAGCAAACCGAAUCAUCAAGUUAUACAAAGAUAGAACGGGCCAGGGCAUUCCACCACGGUUCUUUGUAUUGUUGAUGGAAUUUUAUGAAAGACAUGACCAGUUUGACUCGUUGAUCAAAUUGAUAGAGAGUGGUAAAUUGUCGAUCCCUUACAGUGAUGAAUAUUUGCCAUCAAUUACCAAAACUUUCAUCUUCUCAUAUUCUCGUUUUGCGCCAAUAUUUGUUGAUGCUGUCAAUCAUUGGUUAGGUAAACCGCAUUAUUUCCAAUUGCACAAACUCGCGUCACAAUUUUAUCCAUAUCAUUUGGUGCAGCCGUUCAACUAUAGAAAGUACAAAGGAUGGUCGGAGUUAAAGUAUAAGGGCAACGAAAGACAAAACAAAAAUCAAGUGCGUUUCAGAAUAGAGCAAGGGUUUCCAGAUUUGCUUGGACGGGGUUUGGCUCCUGAUUUUAAAGAGGUUUUGAACACAUUUAGAAUGGGCGAUUUGAAUGACAGGUUGUACUUGAAAAGUGUUCUUUCAAAAACAAGACAGUACAAUUUAAAAAAUCAAAAAACGCUUGAGCUAAGAUCAUUAAAGCAUUUUUCAUUGACUAGGGAGGAUUUGUCUCGAUAUUUUCGCUCAAACAAGGAUUGCUUGAAUGAUAGUCAGAAGUUCUAUUUUGUGAGAAUGUUGUUAAACUUUGGGUUGCUCAAGGAGGCCGACUAUAUGUUAUUUUCAAUAGAUUCAACAAACUUGAAUGAUAAAAACAGGAUGUUGAAACUUAUAUUGGAAAUGAGGUUAUGUUCAAAGCGGAAACAAUUUGAUGAAAUGAUGUCACUCAUGGGAGAUUUCCCGUUAUCGAAAAUCUAUGCAAGUCCCUAUUUAUUGAUGCAAUGUAUCUACCUCGAGAACCUGUUGGCAAAUUCCACCACCGCACGCUCCUCGCUAUCAAAAAAGCAAGUUGAGAGCCUAGGUGCUUGUUUACGAAAAUUAAGAACCUUCAUUGGUGACAUUAGGAUGAUUUUGAAGAAGGACGAAAAAGAGGUCCCCGUUUUGAUUGAAAAGACUAUUCAAAUCUUGGAUGAGUGGAAGAAGAGUACUGAAAAUAGUUAG